AUGGAGGUGAACAGUAUUUACAGGAGCCAUACUAUUCAACAGUUCAUACACAUCAUCGUAGUAAAAAUUGUUGUCUUUCAAACAGAUGGGGAACCAAAAAUAACCCCUAACGCCGGUGAAACAUUGAAGAGAUUCUGUAAAUGGCAGUCUCGGAACAACGCUCCAGAGGGUAAUCAUCUGCAUUACGACACUGCAAUCCUUCUGACCAGACAAGAUAUAUGCCGAGCACCUGAAAAAUGUGAUACACUGGGUUUAGCCGAACUUGGUACGAUGUGCGACGCAGAGCGAAGCUGCUCUGUUGUUGAGGACAACGGAAUCAGUGCAGCCUACACUAUAGCCCACGAGCUUGGACAUGUUUUCAAUUUACCACAUGACGGUGAUGAGCCCUGCCGCAGACCCGCCUAUAACCGCGACCCCUCUGCCAAGACCCAUAUUAUGUCCCCUACCAUAGACAAGAAGACUGACCCAUGGUCUUGGUCUGAAUGUAGUGCAAAAAUGCUCGCAAAAUUCUUGGAUGCGGGCCUGGGCAAUUGUCUACACAACAAGCCAAAGAAUAAAAAGUAUCGCCAAAAAAUCAAGGAAAUCCAAAUCAAGAAAUCUGGUGCAAUUUAUGAUGUUGACAAACAGUGCGCGCUCAUGUUUGGACGAGGCCAUAGACACUGUCAGUUUCAGAAAAUGUGUUCAGAACUGUGGUGCACAAAUUUCAAUGGAUGUAAAACACAGCACAUGCCCAUGGCGGAUGGAACCAUAUGUGAUCACGGAAAAUGGUGCAUGAAAGGACAGUGUGUGAAAGCAAAACAGGAAAAAGCGGUGAAGGGUGGGUGGAGUAAAUGGUCACCGUACGGCAAAUGUUCCCGCUCCUGCGGUGGUGGCAUCAAACAUGCGACUCGAGAAUGCAACAAUCCCAUACCAAGUGGGGGUGGCCGCUACUGUACUGGCAAGAAAAUUAAGUAUCGUCAUUGCAAUACUGCUACGUGUCCAGUCACUGCUGAUGACUUCAGACUGGAACAGUGUGCCGAGUACAACAGUCAGAUGCGUGCUUAUAACAUCCCUUAUGGCUCCAAGUGGAUCCCAAAAUAUGAUGGAAUUCAAGAGAAGGACUGGUGUAAGCUGUACUGCAAGGCGGAUUCCAACCCCUCCUACUUCUUCAUGCUUAGCAACAAGGUUGUCGAUGGGACCAAGUGUCGACCUGACGAUGAUGACAUCUGCGUCAGUGGCCAGUGUCGGCGAGCUGGUUGUGACAAUAAGCUGGGUUCAAACAUGAAGCGUGAUCGUUGUGGCGUGUGUGGUGGUGACAACGGCUCGUGUAAAACCAUCACUGGCACCUAUAACACCAUCCAGUCAGAUUACAACACGGUGACUGUGAUCCCUGCUGGUGCCACGAACAUCGACAUUCGGCAACAUGGCUAUGUGUAUGACCCCUCAAAGAAGGGAGACGAAAAUUAUCUUGUGCUGGUCAACUCUCAGAACGAGUACCUGUUUAACGGUCAGUACCUGAUAACACAAUACCCAAUGACGGUCAAGGUCAAGGGCGCCGCCCUGUUCUACACAGGGUCGGCUACAGUCGAGGAGAGAAUAAACUCCACUGGUACACUUGGAGAGAACCUCACUUUGCAGGUGUUGUCAGUGGGAGACCUGAACCCACCCGACAUCCAUUUCUCCUACACAAUGUCGCUGCGCAGUGACGAGGUACGGUUUUCCUGGAAGGAGGACACGGAAUGGACUGACUGUGAUGACAUCUGCAACGGUCGCAGGUACAGAAAGGUGAAAUGUGUGCGUGACGAUACCCACUCCCCUGUGUCUGAACAGAGAUGUGAAAAUGAACCCAAGCCUAACGUGGAAUCAGAAAGAUGCAAUCCAUUCUGCACAAUCAGCUGGAGAGUGUUAAGAGAUGACUGCUCGUCCAACUGUGGCCAAGGCAUAGCUAAGCAGUACGUAUCCUGUCUACUCACGACGAGACACAACACCACUGUAGUUGACAUGGAGCACUGCAUGAAACGCACCUCAAUCAUUGGUCCACGGCCCCUAGAGCAGGUGACAUGCUUCGGGAAGUGCCUUGACACGCAGUGGAAGUAUUCAGCAUGGACUGAAUGCACAGCGACGUGUGGAGGGGGUGUCCAGAAACGCAGCUUCACCUGUGUGGACUCCAGGGGAUCAGAACUGAGCGAGUCCUACUGCAGUGCCAAGGAUCGUCUCCUGGAGCGGGAAUGUAAUGCUGACCCAUGUCCUGUGUGGAAGGUCCAUGACUGGACAGCUUGCUCCGUAACCUGUGGACGUGGCAGCCAUCACCGCAAGGUUACCUGCCACAUUGGUGACAAGGAGGUCAUUGAAACUCAGUGCGACCACAAACAGAAGCCAGCCAAUAAGCUUGAGUGUAACCUUGGUCAAUGUCCUGACUGGAUCGCUGAGGAGUGGGGGGAGUGUUCGGCUUCGUGUGGUGAAGGCGUUAAGCAGCGUUAUGUGACAUGCAUGGACAGUACAGGCGCCAAGGCUGACCCCUCCGACUGCGACCUAGAAUCAAAACCCACAGACAAUGCGUCAUGUCUGAACCGGGCGUGUGGAUACUGGCGCAUGGGAGAAUGGAGCAAGUGUUCCAAGACCUGCAGUGCUGGCACACAGACCCGAGUUGUAGUCUGCACGCUACUAGAGCGACAGACAGCGGAGGAAGUUCACUGCGACCUUGAUGUGAAACCAGAGUCUGAGCGGGCGUGUGUACUAGAGGAAUGCUCACCUGAGGACUUAGAAAUCGGAAUAAUCGUUUCCAAUACGGUUGUCGGAAUCAGCCAUUGGAGAAUUGGGCCGUGGAGCGCUUGUUCGGCUUCAUGCGGGACGGGCUGGCAGCGACGUCUGGUUCAGUGUCAUGACGAAAAGGGGCCAAGUGAGAACUGUGCUGAUAACCAGAAACCAGAGGGUAGUCAGUCAUGUGACGCCGGCCCUUGCCCCACCUGGGUGAAAGGGGAGUGGUCUCAGUGCUCCAAAUCCUGUGGAGACAUGGGCAUGCAGAAACGAACUGUAGUCUGCCAAUUGUCAGAUGGUGCCACCCUUCCUGAAUCAAGCUGUGACAUUUUUAACCGCCCGCCGGAUACCGGCAUAUGCAACAAUGGUGCCUGUUCUAAAAGGCGAACCUGGCAAGUGGGACCGUGGGCUCCGUGCUCUGUAACCUGUGGCACUGGUUCAUCGCAACGUGAGGUCAUCUGCGUGUCUGAAUCUGGGAUCCCGCAUCCAUCGUCUGAGUGUGAUGAUCAAAAACCUAGGAACACUAAACGAUGUACAAAGACACCAUGUCCAUCCUGGGCCUAUACCAAAUGGGGAAAGUGUUCCACUUCCUGUGGUACAGGUACCCAGCACAGGCAGGUUGUGUGUCGUGUGGGAAGCCGUGACAUUGUACCUCAUGACCUGUGUCUCAACGCCAAGCGACCUAAGGCAGAGAAGAAGUGCAACCAGCGACCCUGCUCGGACUACAUGUGGAAGGCCAUGGAAUGGUCUAAUUGUACAAAAGACUGUGGUUUCGGAAUGAAGACAAGAGAGGUCAUUUGCACUAACAUAGAAAAUGAACCAGUCAACAGUAGCCUGUGUGAUGUAGAAAAACGUCCAAAAGACCGAAGACGAUGUAGCGAGUUUCCUUGCCCAUUCAUGUGGAACACUAGCCCGUGGUCGGAAUGCUCUGCAUCCUGCGGGGAAGGCAGUCAAUCUCGUCGAGCAGUUUGUCAGGCGGUGACAAAGGAAGGAUGGAUUCUUCCAGGCGAGGUCCCGUACGGGUGCAAGAUCUCUGACAGGCCUCCCGAGUCCCAGAUCUGCAACCACGGACCAUGCCAGGCCCGUUACAAGUGGGUCGUCGCCCCAUGGGGAGAGUGCUCUACGCGAUGUGGCCAUGGCGUGGAGAGACGUCUGGUACAGUGUGUUGACCCCACGGGAAAAAAGAAAACAAAAAAAUUAUGUUCCAAGGCCCACCGACCUGAUGGCCGUAGACCCUGUUAUAAUGGACCAUGCUUUGCAAGAUCAUGUAAACAACUCAAAGAGGAGACUUCAAUACGUCAAGAUGGCAGUUAUAAGCUAUUUGUGCGUGGGCGACUUUUAGAGAUAUACUGUAAAAAUAUGCGCGACAAGUUUCCAGAAGAAUUCCUGACUUUACCAGCAGGGGACGUGGAGAACUUCUCAGAAAUCUAUCCAUUCAGAUUAAAGCGACGUCGCACCUGCCCUAACAAUGGGACCCGGCCAGAGGCCUGCACCGAGUGUCGUGACCGGCCCUACCAGAACGCGGGCAAGACGUCUUACUCCAAAGUGAAGAUUGAUCUACUUACUCUGCAGCUACAAGUGACAGACCAAAGUUUCUCAACAUCCAUCAAUGGAAAACACAUUCCACUCGGCACGGCGGGCGACUGUUACAGCAGUGGCGACUGUCCACAGGGGCGCUUCCUCAUCAACCUCUCAGGAACGGGGCUGGCUGUUACCCACAACACCACUUGGGUCACACAGGGCAAGAACUCCUCUCAGCGCAUUGAACGAAUUCAGGAUGGUGAGAUCGUGCAAGGCUGGUGUGGGGGUCUCUGUGGCUGGUGCUCGCCUCAGACUGGUAUACAGCUCACCGUACUCUCCUAGUUGUUCUCCUGGGGGCGGGCCUUGGAGCGGGAAAUAUCGUGCAACCAGUCCAAGAUGAGUGGGGAAUUGUUGUCACACUACCGCAGAAAAGCGUCUUUCAUUUUUGUUUUUCUUUGAGAUUAUCAACUCAGUUUUUGUAUGUACAUUGCAGCUGUCUGGGGAACUGCCCAUUGUAAAUACCACAUUGUUCCAGGCCAUCUUCCUGUUGUGUUGUUAUUGAAUUGUUUUAUUUUGGAGAUGAACUUUUUGACUAUGUCCUCAGUUUUAUUUAUACGUGUGUGUUAUUGUUUGGCGAUUGUGUUUGUUUAGAUCAUGGAUUGUAAUUGUACCAAAAUGACUGUUAUUGAGAUAAACUUUUGAGUUUGUACUUUGUAGUGCCUGUUUAUUUAUAUCAAAAUGUGUCUGAGUUUAUUCUGUUUAUUAUUCAUAUUACAUAAUUUAUUUAUUGCUUACAGUUGUAUAUAUAACAUAAGUAUUGGCUUAACAACAUGCAAUUUUUAAAAUAAAUAUUUGUUUGUCUAAAUUUAUUUUACUCUUGCAUGUGUUAUAUUUAUUUAAUUGAAUUUACCUAAAUUUGCGAAUAUUUUUUCUUAGAUUGGAUUUUGAAUGAAUGGGAAUGUUUUGUGUUUAUAAUUUGGUAAAUGCGUGUCAGUGUAUGUUUUGAUUUAUUAAAUAUGCAUAAUUUGUCUUUUUACCAUUAACAUUUUUUGUCUUCCUUUUCAUUUCUUUAUAGCAAAAAUCAAAUAACUUAUUUAAAUCUCAGUUUUUAUGCACACGUUAAUGUUUCUUAUUAAAGAUUAACUAGUUAAACCUUUUUAAUAAUUCAUUAGAAAAAUCUGUUAUUUUGUUCAUAGUAUGUAACAAAUGUAAAAUGCUAUACGUUUAUGAUUACAACUAAUUGAGCAAUAAUUGUUUUGUAAAGGUUGCAAAAUCAUUUGUUAUUCAUCAGACAUAACAGUACAGUAUGUGUGUAAAUGAAUACAGCUACAAAUUAUUUAUUUGAUCAUUUUGCAUUAAAAUUACUCAUUUGUACCGUCCUAGGCCAAGCGGAAAGUUGCAAUACGACAACAUUUUGUUUCAUACACAUUGUUUUAUAUUUCCGAGGUAAAAUCAGGUAAUAAUUCAGGAAGAUUUAUUUGUCAUUUCAUGAGAGCAUGAUCUAAGCAAAAAUUCAUUGUAAGUUUGAUGGUGUCAAAUGUUUAUUUCAAUUUGUUUUUGCAGUCCAAUUUAUUUGUCAAUUUCUAGAAUAACUUGUGAACACUUGGCACCAAAAAGGUCUACUAAAAGACAGUAAACUUUAAAUUACAUAAUUAAUUACAAAAUGAAGAGGAUAUUUUUUCUGUUUUUAUAACCAUUUACCUUUUAUAGUAGAGCUAUUUGCUUGUUAUCUUAACAUUUUUCAUUACGAACAUUUUUUUAGCUCACCUGAGCACAACGUGCUCAUGGUGAGCUUUUGUGAUCGCUUUUUGUCCGUUGUGCGUUGUGCGUCGUCAACAUUUGCCUUGUUAACUCUCUAGAGGCCACAUUUAUUGUCCAAUCUUCAUGAAAUUUGGUCAGAACAUUGGUUUCAAUGAUAUCUUGGAUGAGUUCGUAAAUGGUUAUGUUUGCUUGAAAAACAUGGCUGCCAAGGGGCGGGGUAUUUUCUCUUAUAUGGCUAUAUAUGGCUAU